AUGGUUCGACUCAUGGAAUUACAUAGACAUAGAGGGGUUAGCGAUUCAGAAGACAGGGCUAGUAAGCCACGAGGGGGACUUCCUCAGGAUUGCUAA